CCCCCCCCCCCCCCCCCCCCCCCCCCCCCCCCCCCGCCAUGUCCCGGAGCCGCCGCUGAGCUCGGAGCCGUGAGCACGGAGCCGCCAUGGCCGCAGCCAACAAGGGCAGCAAGGCCAAGGUGGGCGCCGUGCGCUUUGCCCCCAGCCAACCCAGCGACGGGACCCACGUCCACUUCGAUGAGAAGCUGCGGGACUCGGCCGUGAUGGUGACGCAGGAGAGGGACGGCCACGUCCUCGUCAAGGUCGGUUUCCUGAAGAUCCUGCACAAGUACGAGAUCUCGUUCCUGCUGCCCCCAUCUCAGCGCCUGCAGGGGGACGUGUGUGCUCUGCCCCUCCCCAACCCCAACCUCAGAGUCCUGGCUGUCACUGCGGGGCCUGAAGGCUACAGCGUGAGGUGUGAGUACACGGCUCACAAGGAGGGGGUGCUGAAGGAGGAGAUGCUCCUGGCCAGUGAGACCGGCGAUGGCUCCUGCGUGAAGGUGGUGGUACAAGCACGUGUCAUGGACCGACACCACGGCACCCCGAUGCUGCUGGAUGGGGUGCGCUGCGUGGGGGCCGAGCUGGAGUACGACUCGGAGCAGAGCGACUGGCACGGCUUCGAUUGACUCCAUCCUAUGGACAGACCCCCCCCCCCGGGCACCGCCGGGCCCCCCCUGCUCUGUGCCGCGGCUGCUGUGGGGCUGUGGCUGCUCACCCCCCACAUGUGCCUGUCCCCAGCCCCACGGCUGCUCUUCCCAGAGCCCUGAGCGCCGUGUGUGGGGCUGGGGGGUGAGGGGGGGGCUCUCCUUGCUGCUGUGCUGCUGCUUCCCUCCUGCUGACCCCCCCCAUGGGCUGGAGCUGAGCUGUGACCCCAUGGAGACCCCUGGUUCUGUGCCCCCCCCCAUUUUGCUUUUCCCUUCCCGACCCCCCCAAUGCACGGAGCAGAAGCGUUGGGUUGGGAAAGCAGCAGGAGGCUGGAUGUGCCUAUACAUAUAUAAAUACAUAGAGAUAUAUACACAGCUGGG